UUCGAUUAUCGAAAUGUCAUCGAUUAUUUCUGACUAUGAUAUUAGACUCUAGUCAGACUAGUACAUUUUGUUUCAAGUGUCAAUAUUGUUAAUGUCAAAUAGUUGUGUGACUAAUAUUUAUAAGUAUCAAACGUCUAAAAUAUAGAAACAUGUCUACGAAUAAGGAUAUCAGCACAUUGAAGGAUCAAGAUGAAAAGAACAAGACGAAAGUUUAUUGCACAUUUUGCCCAUCUAAAAUGCUUAAUGCUGGUGCAGCUCGGCUAGUCAAUAUUGAGUUUAAUCUACCCUAUAUACAUCGUAAGGGAGAAGGUGAAGCUGAUCAACAGGAGCUGAUAACCAACUAUUGGUUGGUGGAGGAUAUGUAUACGUUUGAAAAUAUUGGUGUUUCGCAUACAGUAGACAACGUAAAGUAUUUAGCAUGUGCAGAUUGUGAAAGGGGUCCAGUGGGUUGGCACGAUUUAUCUACAAAGAAAUCAUACAUUGCGCUAAGUAGAGUUAAGCACGAAUGAUUUAUAUUGAAUAAAGUUGUUUUUUAAUUUUA